AUGGGAUGGGAGCCACAGCUGAUGUGUGGCUAUUCCCGCUUUACUGGGAAUCCGCAUUUCAGUCAUUGGCUGAAGACCGCCAGGAAAUCAACAUCAGUAUCGUUGGCUGAAGAAGAUGCAAAAAGAAGAAAGAAUUUGUUUGAGUCUUCUUGGGACUUGAAAGAACAGGAAUUGACACUCACUCCGGAUUAAAGGACGAUAUGAAUCUGUUUCUAGAAUUCUUGCGAUGUAUCCUUUGUUGCCACGAAGAACGUGAUGAUGAUAAUGAUGAUCUAGCUUCCUGCAUAAAGCCUUUUCUAGAAUAUUUCUCUGCAAAGGUCCGGGACAGAAAUCCGGCAUACGAAUAUCUUCCAGUGAAUACAACCCCAUCAAAUUCUCCAAGGUCACGGGUGACGCUGAGUGCUCCAUUGUAUCAACCAAAUGUUGGCAAUUCACCUACAACCAAACCACCAUAUAGUCAGAAGUCAUUGGAAAGAACUAAUGACGUUUAUCAGAAUUCUACAAGUUCUAGUCCAUUGCCACCUACAUUUCCUUAUUCAUCUAAACUACUCCAAUAUUCUUCUAGUCCAUUUCCUUCAUCCUCUAAAUCCGCAACAUCUUCAUCUAAACCAUCUGCAUCUUUCCCCAAUGCUUUGUUAUCUUCCUCCAAACCACCUCAGUCUGUAUCAAAACUGUCUCCAUCUUCAUCUUCCCUUAAAGACCCGACAUAUUCUUCUAAAUCGUCUGCAUCUUCAUCUAAUCUGCCUCCCUAUUCUUUUAGUCAAUCUUCUAAAUCAUCUGUAUCUUCCCCCAACGACCCUAAACCCCCACUAGAAUCUUCUCCAACUUACUCUAAACCACCUCAAUCUUCACCCUCAUUGACCCCAUCUUCAUCUAAGCCUCUCCCGUCAUCCCCAAAACCCGCAUCUUCUCAUAAACCAUCUCUAUCUUCUCCUAAAGGACUUCCUUCUUCCUCUGGGCCACCUCCAUCUUCCCCUUCACAAACUCCAGCCUUUAAGCCGAUUCUUUAUCUGGCUCCCUCUAAUGUAAUAAAUGAAGAAAUGAAGAUGAGUUAUGUAUUGGAAAAGGGUAGAUCACGUAUAUAUGCAAUUCCUGAGGAUAUCAAAGGUCUAAUCAAGAAAGACAUCUUGCCUGAAGUUCUAAAGCAGCCUUUGUCUCCUUCAACUUAUAAGCAUUACUUUGCUGCUCUGUUAUAUGCUGAGGAUUUCCACUUGGAGAAAUGGAGUAAUUUCCAAUUGAAGAACGUGAUUUUGAAGUUGCAUGAAGCAGAAAUUUAUAAUAGGCCAAACAAGUACAAACAUUAUAAUAGAAGUGUUGAGAAGGAUGAUAAAAUCUUUGUGGUAUUUGAGAUUGAUUCUAUUCCUGAGAAGCGACCAUUCCUUUUAUCAAGAGACUUGGUCUAUGCACGACCUUCGGGUAAAAAUGUUGAGCCAUUUCGGGGUUUUAUCUAUCGCGUGGUGAAGAGCACUCGUGUAUUAGUCGAAUUUGGAGAUAAUUUCCAUUCACAGCAUUGUUCGACCCGCAAAUAUGACAUCAGCUUCUCAUUCAACAGAGUAUGUCUAAAAAGGGCUCAUCAGGCAAUUGAAGCUGCAUCAAAUCCUUUGUUCCAGAACUUUGUCUUUCCUGAAUGCACCUCCCGAAAGAACAUCCUUAACCCACCAGCUCAGUUGUCUGCCUAUCGGGAGCUUGGUAUAGAUGAGUUUGCUGCCGUUCAUCACAUUUUAAGCUUUCGCGGCUCCCCACCUUAUCUUCUUGGGGGCUCGCUCAGUGUAACUAGAGCAGGUAAGUCUGAAACUGAAGAAACCAGAUCAGUAUCAAGAACUGGAGUGGUUGUUCGAGAAGCAGUAUUUGAAGCAUAUAAAACCUCCCCAAAUAAUCGAAUUCUUGUAUGUGCUCCUAUAAACAGCACAUGUGACGUGUUGAACAGAAGUCUGAAGAAGAAGAUCCCAGAGUCGGAUAUGUUUCGAGCCAACGCCGCAUUUCGAGAGAUAGACGGGGUUCCUACUGACAUUCUUAGCUCAUGUCCUAUUGAAGGGGAAUGUUUUGCUUGUCCUUCACUCCCGCAACUUCUGAGAUUCAGGAUAAUUCUCUCAACUUUUAUGAGUAGCUUUCGAUUGCACAAUGAAGGCAUAGCUGCCGGACAUUUUAGUCAUAUUUUUCUAGUGGAUGCCUCAUCAGCCACGGAGCCGGAGGCAAUGGUAGCUUUGGCUAAUUUUGCUGACGAUAAUACAGCAGUUAUAGUUAUGGGUGCACCCAGAAACCAUCCAGGCUGGGUCCGCUCUGACAUAGCUAGGAAAUAUGGAUUGAGGAAGUCAUAUUUUGAAAGACUUCAUGAACUCAGGCCAUAUAGUAGCACCAAUCCAAAGUUCAUCACAGAGCUGGAUGACUUUAAGCGAUAGUCUGGUGGCACUUACACCUCUCUGUCAUUCUCUUGAAUCUCAACUGUUCUUGCGUGAACAGCAAUAUGCACUCGUGUACAUGCUCUCAUCUUACUUGGCGUCUACUUGUGUGUCGUCUCUUUUCUGCUUCGCCAUCGAAGCUGUAUGUAUAAAUAACUGCCAAGACCUCCUAUGCAAGCUGAUUUGUAUUUCCUUGUCUCUUCCCAUGCGUUUGUGUUUUUGGAUGACUGAUCAGAUUCGUCUCAUGUAUUAACAAGCAAAAACCAAUUCGUGUUCAUGUUGAUCUAUUAAUUUAUUUUGUGAUUUUUGGGUUUCAA